CAGUUUGGGUUUUGUCCGGGCGCCGUCUUUAGAGACGCCGUGUCUUUUUUUUAUCAUCUCAAGUUUUGCCUUGGUCUUGUAUCCGUUAGUCGAUCUGGUUUUUGGAUAAGAGGAUCUAGGAAAAAACUUUACCCAAACGGGCGGAGCAGCAGAAGCAGGAACGGCAGUGUGGAUAAUUAGUACUCUCGGUGGAUAGAAGAAUUGCUUUCAGAGUCCGCUGGAGUCAUGAGGCAUUUUUGGGUGCUGGGCCUGGUGGUCCUCGUGUUGUUGGUGUCGUUUGCAACGGCGCACGAGCAUGAGCACAAGAAGGAUGAGAAACACGAGGAAAGCUCCGGUAGUGAACACGGCGAGGAACACCACAAGAAAAAGGGUGAGAAGGCCGAUAAAGGAUACAAAUCGAAGCACGGAGUAGAGAAGAAAGAAAAGGGACACCACGCCAAGGAAGAGCACGAAUCACAUCACGCCGAGAAGGGUGGCCACAAGAAGGAACAUCACGACGAAGGGGAGGAACACAAGAAACACCACGAGGAGAAAAAGGGUUCCAAACAUGGAAAACACGGACACAAAAAGGGCCACAAGAAGGGUUCGAAAACCACGGGCUAUCACAAGAAAUCUCACAAAGAUGAUUACCACAAGGAGCACAAAUUCUACGACGAUCAUCACAAGGAGGGCAAACAUAAGAAAUACGGAGACUUCCACGAGCACCACGCCAAGAAGGCCGACGAACACAAGAAGGGAGGACACCACGAGUCGGCCCACAAGGAGGAUCACUACAAGAAGAAGGGUCACUCCGAUAAGGGACAUCACGAUGAGGAGCACAAGGGUUGGAAGAAGAAGCACGGUCAUGAAUCUCAUCACUCCCACAAGGAUGACUAUGGCAAGAAGGGCGGCAAGAGCGGUGGUAGCGAACAUGGAUACAAGAAGGGGCACUGAUAGCGCGCGGUAUGAUUGUGUUGGUAGAUUCGAUCGUCGAAAUAUUUCAACUGCAAAAUAUACGUAUAUUCCUGUGCGAAGCGGAAUGUUUGGAUCGAUUUCUAAUGUCUAUGUUUAGAUGUAUAAAACUUUUUGAAAUACAAAUUUAGAAACCAAAAA